GCUCAGCAGUUGAAAACACUCAUGGUCGAUGCCAAGGGAAGGAACAUGAAAUGUCUGACUUUCUUCUUAAUGCUGCCUGAGUCAGUAAAAAGCAAGUCAAGCAAAAGCUCCAAGAAGGGGAAUGCCAGUGGCAGCCCCAAACUGCCCCCUGUCUGCUAUGAGAUUAUCACUCUAAGGAACAAAAAGAAGAAGAAGAUGGCAGCGGACAUAUUUCCUACCAAAAAGCCGGCACCUGCCACGACUGUUCAACAGUACCAGCAGCAGAACCUCAACAACAACAACACUAUACAUAACUGUAACUGGCAAGGACUCUACUCCACUAUCAGAGAAAGAAAUUCUGUGAUGUACAACAAUGAGCUAAUGGCAGAUGUUCACUUUGUGGUGGGUCAGCCUGGAAGGACCAAAAGGCUUCCAGGGCACAGAUAUGUCUUGGCUGUGGGCAGCUCAGUAUUUCACGCCAUGUUUUAUGGUGAACUGGCCGAAAAUGACGAUGAGAUUCAUAUUCCGGAUGUGGAACCCGCUGCUUUUCUGGCAAUGUUGAAGUACAUCUACUGCGAUGAGAUCGACUUGAGUGCUGACACAGUUUUAGCCACUCUUUACGCCGCCAAAAAGUAUAUUGUCCCCCAUCUAGCGCGUGCCUGCGUAAACUUCCUGGAGACCAGCCUGAGCGCCAAGAACGCCUGCGUGCUGCUCUCCCAGAGCUGCCUGUUCGAAGAGCCCGAGCUGACUCAGCGCUGCUGGGAAGUGAUCGACGCUCAGGCCGAUCUGGCGCUACGCUCCGAGGGUUUCUGCGACAUCGACUCGCAGACCCUCCAAAGCAUCCUCCAGCGAGAGACACUUAACGCUAAAGAGAUAGUUGUCUUUGAGGCGGCGCUCAGCUGGGCUGAGGCUGAGUGUCAGAGACAGGAGCUCACUUUGUCCACUGACAACAAGCGGAAGGUUUUGGGUAAGGCCAUGUACCUGAUUCGCAUCCCCACCAUGGCCCUGGAUGACUUUGCCAAUGGAGCGGCCCAGUCGGGCGUGCUGACGCUUAAUGAGACCAACGACAUCUUCCUUUGGUACACAGCUGCCAAGAAGCCUGAACUUCAAUUUGCCAGCCAGCCAAGGAAAGGCCUGACACCCCAGCGCUGCCACAGGUUCCAGUCAUGCGCCUACCGGAGCAAUCAGUGGCGUUAUCGAGGUCGCUGCGACAGCAUACAGUUUGCCGUGGACAAGCGAGUUUUCAUUGCGGGUUUCGGCCUCUAUGGCUCCAGUUGUGGAUCGACAGAGUACAGUGCCAAGAUAGAGCUCAAACGUCAAGGAGUGCUGAUGGGACAAAAUCUCAACAAAUACUUCUCGGAUGGCUCCAGCAACACUUUCCCGGUGUGGUUUGAGUACCCGGUGCAGAUCGAGCCUGAUACCUUCUACACCGCCAGUGUGGUUCUUGAUGGGAAUGAACUGAGUUACUUUGGACAGGAAGGCAUGACAGAGGUGCAGUGUGGGAAGGUGACUUUUCAAUUCCAGUGCUCAUCAGACAGCACUAAUGGCACAGGAGUGCAAGGGGGUCAAAUUCCUGAGCUUAUCUUCUACGCCUAA